AUAGUGACAAAAUUAUGUUUACUUUUAGGCGGUUUCUCUAUAUUCUGGGCCGACGAUGGCUUAGAUACCGGCCCUCUAUUAUUGCAGAAACAAACGGAACUGGAUGUCAACGAAACUGUAGAAUCCCUUUACAAUAGAUUCCUAUUUCCGGAGGGAAUCAAAGGGAUGGCGGAGGCGGUAGACCUGAUCGCCAACGGGAAAGCGCCCCGAGAGGUGCAGUCAGAGGAGGGCGCCUCCUAUGAGCCCAUGCUUAACAAGAAGGAGUCAUCGAUGGUUAAAAUCGAUGAACUCAAUGGACAACAAUUGCAUAAUUUUAUCCGCGGCUGCGAUAAAGUUCCCGGAGCUUGGAUUACGUUAGAGGAACAGCCCAUCAAACUGUAUGGCUCUCAGCGAUGGACUAAAGAUAUUCCCAAUGGACUCGAGAUACCGGUCAUCGGUGCGACAAGACCUGCUGUAGUGCACAGCGAGGGCUUACUCUUGUUUGGAACCGAUGGACAGGCAGUAAAUGUGACCAAAUUAGGUCUGGAAAGCGGCAAAAUGAUCCCGGCCUCCAACUAUGGUCAGGACGCUGUCGGCUCAGACAUCGGUGAACUGUCCGCCGCGGAACAGGCAGUCAUCGAUCAGAUCCGCACCAUUUGGCAAUCAAUCCUCAACAUAGAGAUCGAGGAGUUGACGGACUUCUUCAAGUCAGGCGCCGGCUCUAUGGAUGUGACGCGUCUGGUGGAGGAGAUCAAGGAGUUGGAGGGCUUCGCAAACGUGGAGCUCAUCAAUGAAGACGUCUAUAUGGCCACCACUUUCGAUGAGUUCACGAAACUAGUUGUAGUCAAAUCCCGGGGCGGCUCCGGCGGACCGCAAUUGGUCUUCACUCCCGUUCAAUUGAAUGUUAAUAAACGGGACAUUAGUUUCGCGAAUCAACUCUUUAUUAACAAUCAAUUCAUCGACUCUUCAAAUCCCCAAAGAGUUCUCAAAACUGUUAAUCCAAACGACGAGUCCAUCAUUUGUGAGGUCCAGAGCGCCACCAAAGAGGACGUCGACAAAGCGGUCAAUGCGGCCAACGAUGCCUUUUCUGGCGGCGAGUGGGCCGUCAUGAACGCCAGGGACAGAGGAAAACUGAUGUUCCGGUUGGCGGACCUCAUGGAACAGCAUAAGGAAGAGUUGGCUACCAUUGAGUCCAUAGAUUCCGGAGCCGUCUAUACGCUGGCCAUCAAAACACAUAUUGGUAUGUCAAUCGACACGUGGAGAUACUUUGCGGGCUGGUGUGACAAAAUCCAAGGCGCAACCAUUCCCAUCAACAACGCCCGGCCUAACCGUAACCUAUCGUUCACUAAGAAGGAGCCGAUCGGUGUGUGCGGUAUAAUCACGCCCUGGAAUUACCCCCUAAUGAUGGUGUCGUGGAAAAUGGCCGCCUGUCUGGCCGCCGGAAAUACGGUGGUCUUAAAACCGGCUCAAGUCUCCCCAUUGACUGCCCUGAAAUUGGCCGAGUUAUCCGUCUACGCGGGCUUUCCUCCCGGUGUCAUCAACAUCCUCCCGGGCACGGGCUCUGUGUGCGGUCAGGCUAUUGCUGAUCACCCACUCGUACGCAAACUGGGUUUCACGGGAUCGACACCUAUUGGACAGACAAUCAUGAAGUCGUGCGCCGAGUCUAAUAUGAAGAGAGUAUCGCUAGAAUUGGGCGGAAAAUCGCCGCUAAUUAUCUUCAACGACGCGGAUCUGGACAGAGCUGUCCGUAACGCCAUGUCCGGCGUAUUCUUCAACAAAGGUGAGAACUGCAUAGCGGCCGGCCGUCUGUUCGUCGAGGAGUCCAUUCACGACGAGUUCGUGAGACGUGUGGUCGAGGAGACCAAGAAGAUCAAGAUCGGGGACCCGUUGGACAGGUCCACAUCACACGGCCCUCAGAACCAUAGGGCACACCUCGAGAAACUCGUUGAAUACGCCGACAUUGGCGUCAAAGAGGGCGCUAAACUGGUCUACGGAGGCAAACAAGUGGACCGCCCGGGCCUCUACUUCUGGCCCACGAUCUUCACGCACGUAACGGACAGUAUGUAUAUCGCGAUUGAGGAGUCGUUUGGACCGAUUAUGAUCAUCAGUUCGUUCCCUAAUGGGGACGUCGAUGAAGUGCUCCGGAGGGCCAACGCCACGGAGUUUGGUCUGGCGUCGGGAGUGUUCACGCGUGACAUAUCCCGUGCCCUCUACGUGACCGAGAAGAUCAACGCCGGCACCUGUUUUGUCAACUGCUAUAACAAGACCGAUGUGGCCGCGCCUUUCGGGGGAUUCAAACAGUCCGGGUUUGGCAAAGACUUGGGUCAGGAGGCCCUCAACGAGUACCUCAAGACCAAGACUAUUACCAUUGAAUAUUAGAGGGAAUGGAGGGUUUUGUCAUUAAGUUUAUGCCAUUAUAACAACUUUUUUAAUCUGUAUUUUUAGUGUGAAUUAAUUAUUUUUACAUUUAAUAUGACUUUUAUAUAAAUAUAAUUGAAUAAAAUUAGUAAUUAAAUAAAGAAUAUUAAAAAAAAGUUU